CUCAAACCCGCUCCUACGCACACGUAGUCGCGUUGGAAAUCUCGCGGUAUUUUACCCUACCCACAACCUCCGGUCUUCCUUUCUGCCUGAACCGACAUGCCUAAGGGAAAGAAGGCUAAGGGGAAGAAGGUGGCACCUGCCCCUUCUGUGGCCAAAAAACAUGAGCCCAAGAAAGUAGUCAACCCCCUCUUUGAAAAGAGGCCAAAGAACUUUGGCAUCGGCCAGGACAUCCAGCCAAAGCGUGACCUUACACGCUUUGUGAAAUGGCCUCGUUAUGUUCGCCUGCAGAGGCAACGCUCCAUUCUGUACAAGCGUCUGAAGGUUCCCCCUGCAAUCAACCAGUUCACCCAGGCUCUGGACCGCCAGACGGCCACCCAGCUGUUUAAGCUGGCCCACAAGUACAGACCAGAGACCAAGCAGGAGAAGAAGAAGAGGCUGUUGGCCCGUGCUGAGCAGAAGGCAGCCGGGAAGGGAGACACCCCCACCAAGAGGCCUCCUGUCCUCCGUGCAGGUGUGAAUACCGUUACCUCUCUGGUGGAGAACAAGAAGGCUCAGCUGGUCGUCAUCGCUCAUGAUGUGGAUCCAAUUGAGCUUGUGGUCUUCCUUCCUGCUCUCUGCCGCAAGAUGGGUGUCCCAUACUGCAUUGUGAAGGGCAAGGCCAGACUGGGAAGACUGGUGCACAGGAAAACGUGUACUUCAUUUGCAUUCACACAGGUUAACCCUGAGGAUAAAGGUGCCCUGGCUAAGCUUGUGGAAGCCAUCAAGACCAACUACAAUGACAGAUAUGAGGAGAUCCGUCGUCACUGGGGAGGUAAUAUCCUGGGCCCCAAAUCCACAGCCCGCUUCACUAAGCUGGAGAAGGCUAAGGCCAAGGAACUGGCAACCAAGCUUGGUUAAAAUGUUUGGAAUAAAAAUGUAUGUUCUAAUACAAG